AGCUCAAAUCCGGGCGUAGUUCUAAUUCUGUUUUAUCUCAUACCGAUUUGUCAUUUGUUUCACAUUUCUUUAAAAAAAAGUUCGGAAACUUUUAUAGUUUCCGAAACAAGGAUCCUUUCUCAGGGGAGUCAUCAUGAGUUUGCUGGGAAUUAUGGGGAGUGGCCACCUCUACAGGUUGGGAUGCACAGGAGCGCUUAAUGCGGCCAAGAUUUUGGCUGCCAAUCCAGGACAAACAUCUACCGCCACAUUGCCCUCAUACGCCAAUGGGUCAGGUCACGUAUUUACGGCAAAGUAUUUACAUACCUUGCAACAAAAUAAGAAGAACAAUAAUUUGGGGAACAUUACGUCCUCUGUCGCGAUAAGCAAAUCAAUCAUCAAAAGUCGAGCCAUGUCAGCAACCGGAGAUCAUGUCAAGUUGUGGUCAGCGGAACGUAUCGUGUCAGCAAGUUUGAUCCCCAUCAUCCCCUUGGCGUUAGUCAUGCCGUGCGCUCCGUUAGAUUACCUGCUCGCGUUCGGACUUACGGUUCACUCUCAUUGGGGAAUCGAAGCCAUCGUCCACGACUAUGUUCGACCCUCAAUUUUUGGUGAAACCAUCCCCAAAAUAUCUAUCGCCUUGGUCUACGGUUUAAGCGCUAUGACUCUCGGGGGAUUGUUCUACUUUAUCUAUUCCGAUGUCGGAAUUGGUCAAGGUGUCCGGAUGCUGUGGAAGUUGUAGAGAAAGAAGCUAGUGCUCCGUGCUAAUGUUACUAUUAGUAUGUAAAGUAAAAGUCAUCCAUUUGUUGCUCCCAUAUGUAAACACAAUAGAGAGAAAGUAUUUAAAAAUUGGUCUCUGAUUCUUGCCUAACAAAAGAAUGUAGCUUUUCAGAUCAGAUUUAGUCAUGAAAAUCUUCCGUUUCCCAUGUGGAGCAUUCACUAUUAUUACACAAAAAUUGGAGUACCUACUGCAAUUAUGUGAAUAAAUAAAUGUUACGUCAAACAAAA